GGAGUGCUCUCUCUCUCUCUUUGUCCUCCUCACAUAAAUCAAGUUUAGAAUGGCUGGCCGUUACAAAGGCGAGUGUGGAGACGAUGUUGACCCCAUGAUAUUUCUGACUCCUUCUGAAAAGGAGAAGCUGGAAUUCAUGAGCAGACCGUAUGACAUUAAGAAGUCAUGCUGGGUCAGUGAUACCAAAGAUGGUUUCAUCCCAGGUGAAAUCCAAUCUGAGAGUGGGAAUGAACUCACUGUGAAGACUGUCAAGAACACUACUGUGACUGUAAAGAAGGACGAUCUCCAGCAGAUGAACCCACCUAAAUUUUACCAGGCCAAUGACAUGGCCAACCUUACCUUCCUGAAUGAGGCUAGUGUCCUGGACAACAUACGCCAGCGUUAUAUGAUGAUGCGAAUUUAUACCUACUCUGGGUUGUUCUGUGUGACAGUGAACCCCUAUAAGUGGCUGCCCAUCUAUGGUGCUAGAGUGGCUCAAAUGUUCAAGGGCAGGAAACGCAGUGAGAUGCCUCCUCAUCUCUUCUCCAUCUCUGACAACGCGUACCACGACAUGCUGAUGGAGCAAGAGAAUCAGUCCAUGCUCAUCACUGGAGAAUCUGGUGCUGGCAAGACUGAGAACACUAAGAAAGUCAUUCAGUACUUUGCUAACAUUGGUGGCGCUGGAAAACAAAUCCCUGAUGCAAAGGGCUCCCUGGAGGAUCGAAUCAUCCAGGCUAACCCUGUGCUGGAGGCAUUUGGUAAUGCCAAAACCACCAGGAACAACAACUCUUCACGUUUUGGUAAAUUCAUCCGAAUUCACUUUGGCCCAUCUGGUAAAUUGGCUGGUGCUGAUAUUGAAAGCUAUUUGUUAGAAAAAUCUCGCGUCAUCUCACAGCAACAUGCUGAGAGAGGCUAUCACAUCUUCUACCAGCUCCUCUCUGGGAAAAUACCUAACAUUUUAGAUAUGCUUCUGUUGAUGCCUGAUCCUAAACAAUAUUCCUGGGUGUGCCAGGGGGUCACUGUGGUAGACAACAUGGAUGAUGGUGAAGAGCUCCGAUUGACUGAUGAAGCCUUUGAUGUGCUGGGCUUCACCAUGGAGGAGAAAUACAGUGUCUACAAGCUGACCGGAGCUAUCAUGCAUUUUGGGAACAUGAGGUUUAAGCAGAAGUCCAGAGACGAGCAGGCUGAUAUUGAAACUACAGAAGUGGCUGACAAAGUCUCCCACUUGAUGACUCUCAGUUCGGGGGAGUUGCAGAAGGGCAUCACCAGGCCACGGGUUAAGGUCGGCAAUGAGUUUGUACAGAAAGCCCAGAAUGUGGACCAGUGUUCCAACUCAGUUGGUGCCCUAGGAAAAGCUGUCUAUGAUAAAAUGUUCAAAUGGAUGGUUGUAAGAAUUAACAAGACCUUAGACACUAAGAUGCAGCGCCAGCACUUUAUAGGUGUGCUGGACAUUGCUGGCUUUGAAAUCUUUGAGUUUAACAGCUUUGAGCAGCUCUGCAUCAACUUCACCAACGAGAAGCUGCAGCAAUUCUUCAACCACCACAUGUUCGUCCUAGAACAGGAGGAGUACAAGAAGGAAGGAAUCCAUUGGGAGUUCAUUGACUUUGGCAUGGACCUGCAGGCCUGCAUUGACCUCCUGGAGAAGCCCAUGGGCAUCUUCUCCAUCCUGGAAGAGCAGUGCGUGUUCCCGAAGGCCACGGAUGCCACAUUCAAGGCUGCUCUGUACGAUAAUCACCUGGGCAAGUCCAACAACUUCCUAAAACCAAAAGGUAGCAAAGGCAAGGGCAAAGAGGCCACGUUUGAGCUGGUGCACUACGCGGGCACAGUUGGGUACAGCACCCAAGGAUGGCUGGAGAAAAAUAAGGAUCCCCUGAACGAAACAGUAGUGGGCUUGUUCCAGAAAUCUUCCAUGAGUAUAUUAGCCACCCUCUUUAAAGAAGAGGAAGCCAAAGGUUCCACUAAAAAACAGAAGAAAGGGGCUUCCUUCCAGACUGUGUCUGCUUUCUACCGGGAGCAGCUGAACAAGCUGAUGACCACCCUCCGCAGCACUGCCCCCCACUUUGUCCGCUGCAUCAUACCGAAUGAGAACAAACAGUCAGGUGCUGUGGAUGCUCACCUGAUCCUCCACCAGCUGGCCUGUAAUGGUGUGCUGGAGGGAAUCCGUAUCUGCAGGAAAGGAUUUCCUAACAGGCUGCAGUAUCCUGAGUUCAAACAGCGGUACUACAUCCUGAAUCCUAAUGUCAUCCCGAAGGGUUUUGUUGAUAACAAGAAGGCCUCAGACCUGCUGCUGGGCACACUUGGUCUGGAUGACAACGAGUACAAAAUUGGACACACAAAGGUGUUCUUCCGGGCUGGUGUCUUGGCUAAAUUAGAAGACAUGCGUGACGAUCGCCUGGCGAAGAUCCUGACAAUGCUGCAGUGCCGUUUACGUGGUAAUUUGAUGCGCAAGGAGUUUAAGAGGAUGCUGGAUAGCAGGAUAGCACUGAUUGUCAUUCAGCGAAACAUUCGCAAAUUCCUGCAGCUGCGUUACUGGGGCUGGUGGAAGCUGUACACUAAGGUCAAGCCUCUGCUCAAUGUGGCCCGUCAAGACGAAGAGUUGAAGCAGAAAGAGGAGGAACUGAGGACAGCGAUGGAGAAGACCAAAGAGAUACUCGCCCUCUUGAAGAGUCUGGAGGAGAAGACAGCUAGUCUCUCACAGGAGAAUAAUGAUCUCACAAUACAACUGCGGGCAGAGCAAGACAAUCUGUCUGAUGCCGAGGAGAGAUCCACUCAGCUGAUGAAAAGCAAGAUUAACCUAGAAAGUCAGCUGUCUGAGAUGAAGGAGAGGCUGGAAGAGGAGGAGAACACUUCCUCCAGUAUAUCAGCCACCAAGAGGAAACUGGAGGAGGAGACAGUCGACCUCAAACGUGACCUGGAGGGUCUGGAAAUGACACUUGCCAAAACGGAGAAAGAAAAGCAGACACUGGACCAUCGAGUGCGCUCCCUGAUUCAGGACGUCAGUCAGCGUGACGACACCAUUGCCAAGCUGCUAAAGGAAAAGAAAGCCUUGGAGGAACUAUACCAGAAAACACUGGAUGACCUUCAAGCCGAGGAAGAUAAAGUGAACCACCUCACCAAGAGCAACGGCAAACUCAACUCCCAGAUCCAAGAGCUGGAAGAUAAUUGGAGUCAGGAGAAGAAGAUCAGGGCUGAGGUGGAGAAAGCCCGUCGCAAGGCUGAGGGAGACCUGAAAAUGACUCUUGAUAACCUGAAUGAUAUGGAGCGCUCCAAGAUUGACCUGGAGGAGGUGCUCAAAAAGAAGGAGCUGGAGAUUAAUUCGAUGAACACCAAAUGGGAAGAUGAACAGUCACUGAAUGCCACACUACACAGGAAAAUUAAGGAGCAUCAGGCACGCAUUGAAGAGCUCGAAGAGGAGCUUGAGGCAGAGCGUAACAUGAGAUCCAAGGUGGAGAAGCAGCGAGCUGAGCUGUCGCGAGAAUUGGAGGAUCUCAGUGACAGACUGGAGGAGGCUGGUGGUGCCACAGUUGCCCAGAUCGAGAGUAACAAGAAGCGGGAGAUCGAGCUGCUGAAGCUGCGGCGGGAAGUUGAGGAAGCCUCACUGCAGGCCGAGGCCACCGCCUCCACCUUCAGGAAAAAACACGCCGACUCCAUGGCCGAGAUGGGGGAGCAGGUGGAAAAUCUGCAGCGAGUCAAGAGCAAGCUGGAGAAAGACAAGCAGUUCAUGAAGGCUGAGAUCGACGACCUGAGCACCAACUUGGAGACGACACAGAAAACCAAGGUCAACUCUGAGAUGCAUGUCAGGAAGCUGGAGGAUAGCCUAGCUGAGGCCAAUGCUAAACUCGCUGAAAUGGAGAGGAACACGGCAGAAUAUAAUGCAAUGAAAUCCAGGUUCACAGCCGAAAACAGCGAGUUGAGCCGAUCGUACGAUGAGUCCCACAGCAGACUGACCCAGAUCACCAGGAUCAAAACCACCCUGAGCUCGCAGGUGGACGAGUUAAAAAGGCAGGUCGAGGAGGAGUCAAAGGCGAGGAGUGGCGCUGUGGUGAGCCUGGCCAAUGCCAAGCACGACUUGUCCCUGAUAAAGGAGCAGCUCGAUGAGGAGCAAGAGGCCAAGUCUGAGUUACAGCGCCUGAUUUCCAAACUCAAUGCUGAGGUGACCACAUGGAGGACCAAGUAUGAGACAGACGCCAUCCAGAGAACAGAGGAGCUGGAGGAGACCAAGAAGAAGCUGGCAGCUAGGCUACAAGAGGCUGAGGAGACAGCAGAGUCUGCUCAGGCUAGGGCUUCCAGUCUGGAGAAAGCUAAGCAGAGGCUGACUGGAGAGGUGGAGGAUCUCACCAUUGAGCUGGAGAAGGCUAACGCUGCAGCCGCUGCCCUGGACAAGAAGCAGCGGGUGUUUGACAAGAUGUUGGCGGAGUGGCAGCAGAAGUACGAGGAGGUGCAAAUUCAGUUAGAUGCCUCACAGAAAGAGUGCAGGAUCCACAUGACCGAGGUCUACAAACUCAAGACCGUGUACGAAGAGGUUAUCGACCAGCUGGAGAGUGUGAGGAAGGAGAACAAGAAUCUGCAAGAUGAGGUGAAAGACCUCGUAGACCAGCUCGGCGAGGGUGGGAAGAGCAUCCACGAGCUCCAGAAGAUAAAGAAGAAGCUAGAGAUUGAGAAAGAUGAACUGCAAUUGGCCCUGGAGGAAAGUGAAGCUACAUUGGAGGUCCAGGAAGGUAAGAUUGUACGUCUUCAGCUUGAGCUGGCACAGGUGAAGGCGGACGUUGACCGAAGAAUCCAUGAGAAGGAAGAAGAAUUUGAGAUCACCAGGAAGAACCACCAGCGUGCCAUCGAGUCCCUGCAGGCCAGCCUGGAGGUGGAGGCCAAGGGCCGUGCCGAGGCUCUCAGGCUAAAGAAGAAGAUGGAAUCGGAUCUGAACGAGAUGGAGAUCCAGCUAGACCACGCCAACAAAAACAACGCUGAGCUGGUCAAAACCCUCAAGAAACUCCAGCAGCAACUCAAGGAUAUGCAAGCUCAGAUGGACGAGGACACUCGCCAACACGAGGAACUUCGCGAACAGUACAACCUCUCUGAACGCCGUGUCAGCCUGCUGCAGACAGAGUUGGAGGAAAUCCGCAGCGCUCUGGAGGCCAGCGAACGCUCUCGCAAACUGGUGGAACAGGAGAUCAUUGAAAUCACUGAAAGAUACAAUGAGAUCAAUGUGCAGCACCAAACCAUCGUGACCAUAAAGCGUAAGCUGGAGUACGACUUUCAGCAACUCACAAGCACAUACGAGGAGAUGAUCCAUGAGUUUCGUGUGGCUGAUGAGAAGGCAAAGAAAGCUAUGGUCGAUGUGACCCGCAUGUCAGAGGAGCUGCGGCAGGAGCAGGACCAUUGCAUGCACCUGGAGAAGAUCAAGAAGAACCAGGAACUCCACCUCAAGGACCUGAUGAUCAAGCUUGAAGAGGCUGAACAAAUGGCCAUCAAAGGAGGUCGUCGCAUCAUUCAGAAGCUGGAGACCAGGGUUAAAGAGCUGGAGACCGAGUUGGACGUUGAGCAGAAACGCCACGUUGAAACGGUGAAGGUCCUGCACAAAAACGAUCGGCGCCUGAAGGAGCUGGUCUUCCAGACCGAGGAAGACCACAAAACCAAUCAACGCAUGCAGGAGCUGGUGGAGAAACUGCAGGGCAAACUCAAGAGCUACAAGAGGCAGAUAGAGGAGUCGGAGGAGCAGGCUAACCAGAGCCUGACGAAAUACAGGAAGACGGUGCAUGAGCUGGAUGAUGCUGAGGAGAGAGCUGGAAUAGCAGAGUCUGCUCUCAAUAAACUCCGCACCAGGAGCCGCGCUGCUUAUGGCAAAGGUUACACCUCGGUUGAGAUCAUCCAAGUGGCCAAAACGUCCUCAUCCUCCAAGUCAACUGAGUCCUGAGCUCAGUCGCCAGCCUCCAUCUCCAAGCUGGGUUAUGCAUAACCUCCUUGAUUGCUGCUCAUUAUCAGGGUGGGCUGAAGUUACCAUCAUAAUGAAGCCUUUUCUACGACUUCUGAGAGGAUCUGACAGAAGCUUUGAUCAGAGCAAGGCAAAGAUUGAUCUUGAACAAAGCCUUGAAAGAUCCAACAAAUGGUUAAGAAAAUCUCUCUCUAUAUAUAUAUUUACUGUAUAUAUACUUUAACAGUCAAGGUCUUACUGUCACAAGGUAACAUUGGCUAUCCCCUAUUGCUGUACGCCUGUGAUAAUGUGCUUUAAUUCUGGAAAUCUGCGUGCUCAUGUCAAGGAUAGAACCCGCAUUUCUGUGUAUAGCCCAGCGAACUCACCCAAGUUGUCAUCUUCUCUGAUCAUCUAAAAUAAAUCUCUUGUUCGCAAGGUGCGAGGCUUUAUCUGCCUGAUUCUUUGCUGAUACACUACUUACAAACGAGUAUUAAAACGUUGCUGUUUUUCUUUAAUCUGGGUUCUUUUUCAUCCAUUCCCAGCUCUCUCUCUUCUCCCCUCCACCACCUCCCCCCAAUGAUUACACCAGUAAUUGCAUUGGCAUUUACUGAAUAUUUUGCUAAGUGUUAUGAGGUUUUCAUUUGUAGAGAGACUGUGGUUUGAAGUCAUUAGAUUAGGUCCCAUGGCAACAGUCAGCUUGCUAGCUGGUCUCUAACAACUUCAAAUAAAAAAAGGAAUCUUGGUCUCUGAAGAAAUUGCUUGAUAUUGUGAUAGAAACAUCAGACACACAGAACAGAGGGAGAGCAGUGUGUAGCAGAAUAAAGGGACUUUGAUUUUGAAGCAACUCUGACAAGACUCUGGGGAAAACAUAGUUCUGUUCCACUUUAAAGCAGCACUGUUGUUUGCAAAUACCGUUGUUGCAGCUCAUUUCUUUUACGUUCCUGUUCUUUUGAGUAACUCAUAUGUCACAACUCUGUAUAAGUACAAGAGAACAGUGAGCAGUUCAGGCUAGUUGUAAGGAGAUGCUUUGUUUUCUUGUAGUUGGGGUAGAUUUCCAUCAAUUGAAAUGACAUGAUAUUGCCUUUAGGUUGUGGCAGACCGCAGAUAAGAAGCUAAAAACAGUACAGAAACAGUUUCCACUCUUCAAGUUGAUCUUGGCUGUGAUAAAGUGGAUCGAUUGGAAGCGGGGGAUGGAGGGGGGCUAGUGGAAAUAAACACAAAGUGGGAUAUAUUCUCCUUGGGUCUAGAUUUACUCUAUUGCCCUAGCAUUUCAAUGUGCAGAAUUUGGCAAAUUAUUAGAUUCAGCCUUAACUUUUGAAGCAAGUUUUCUGCAGUUAUUAAAAGAACUUUGAUUGCCUUAUUGCCAGCGGUGCCAUCCUUCAGAUGAGACAUGAAAACAUCCCGUCUGA